AGAUCACACCGGAUCGCUGAUCGGUUCCGAUGGCUUCGAGAUUCCGUAAGUUUGGCGUAACGGCCGCCGGUAUCGCGAUCGGUGCCGCCCUAUCCACCUAUGCCCUGCAGGCUAAAGAUGGCGCACAGUACCAGGUGCAAAUGGAGGAAAUGCAGCGUGUCCGGCGUAAGCGUACGCUGCCGCCCCGAUCGGAACAGAUCCGCGCACUGCAGAGUGGCGAAGAGUACGACGUGCUGAUCAUUGGCGGUGGUGCCACGGGAGCGGGCUGUGCCCUGGACUCGGUGACGCGCGGCCUCAAGACGGCCCUGGUCGAGGCGGACGACUUCGCCAGCGGUACCUCGUCGCGCUCGACCAAACUAAUCCACGGUGGUGUGCGGUACCUACAGAAGGCCAUCCUCGGGUUGGACAUCGAGCAGUACCGGAUGGUGAAGGAAGCUUUGCACGAGCGGGCCUCGAUGCUGCGGUCGGCGCCUCAUCUUACUCGGCCGCUGCCAAUCAUGCUGCCCGUUUACACCUGGUGGCAGAUACCGUAUUUCUGGGUCGGCAUCAAGGCGUACGACUUCGUGGCCGGCGAUCGCAACGUGAAAAGCUCGUACUACCUGUCGCGGGACGAUGCGCUCGAGCUGUUCCCGAUGCUGCGCGGCGACAAGCUGCGGGGAGCGAUCGUGUACUACGACGGCCAGCAGGAUGACGCCCGCAUGAACCUGGCGAUCGCCCUGACCGCGGCACGGCACGGGGCCUCGAUCACCAACCACGUCGAGGUGCUGGAGCUGCUGAAGAAGCGGGACGGCGCGACCGGCAAGGACGUGCUGUGCGGGGCGAAGGUGCGCGACAACAUUAGCAAGAAGGAGUGGACGAUCAAGGCGAAGUGCAUCAUCAACGCGACCGGUCCGUUCACGGACGGGAUCCGCAAGAUGGACAAUCCGACGGUGAAGGAAAUCUGCUGCCCCAGCUCGGGCGUCCACAUCGUGCUGCCGGGCUACUACAGCCCGCAGCAGAUGGGCCUGCUCGAUCCGGACACCUCCGACGGGCGGGUGAUCUUCUUCCUGCCGUGGCUGAACGGUACGAUCGCCGGCACGACCGACUCGCCGUGCGACGUGACCCGCACGCCCACGCCGACCGAGGACGAGAUUCAGUUCAUCCUGAGCGAGAUCAAAAACUACCUGAACAAGGACGUGGACGUGCGCCGGGGCGACGUGCUGUCGGCGUGGAGCGGCAUCCGGCCGCUCGUGUCCGACCCGAACAAGGGCGACACCCAGUCGCUGGCCCGCAACCACAUCGUGCACGUGAGCGACUCGAAGCUGGUCACGAUCGCCGGCGGCAAGUGGACGACGUACCGUGCGAUGGCCGAGCACACGCUCGACGCGGCGAUCAAGGCGUGCGGCCUGAAGCCGGAGCGCGGCUGCGUCACCGAUGGGCUGUGGAUCGAGGGCGCCCAGGGCUGGACGCCGACCAUGUACAUCCGGCUGGUGCAGGACUUGGGGCUGGAGGUCGAGGUGGCCAAGCACCUGGCCAUCUCGUACGGGGACCGCGCGUUCGCCGUCGCCAAGCUGGCCACGCUCACCGGCAAGCGGUGGCCCAUCAUCGGCAAGAAGCUGCACCCGGAGUUCCCGUACAUCGACGCCGAGGUGCGGUACGGUAUCCGCGAGUACGCGUGCACCUGCGUGGACAUGAUUUCGCGUCGCCUGCGGUUGUCCUUCCUGAACGUGCAGGCCGCCCUGGAAGCGCUGCCCCAGAUCGCCGACAUCAUGGCGGAGGAGCUGAAGUGGUCGAAGGACGAGAAGGAGCGCCAGCUGAAGUCGUGCGAGCACUUCCUGCAGACGCAGAUGGGCCACCAGGCGAACCGGACGCUCAAGGAGAAGGUGCCGAUCAACCUGUCCAAGGACGAAGUUGCGAUGUACGUGAAGCGCUUCGAGACGAUCGACAAGGAAAAGAAGGGCUACGUGUCGAUCACCGACAUUAAGCGCGCGAUGAAAUCGUUCGGAGACGCGGAGGUGAGCGGCGAGGAGCUGCACGACAUCCUGAAGGAGAUCGACACCAACAUGAACGGACAGGUCGAGCUGGAUGAGUAUCUACAGAUGAUGUCCGCCAUCAAAUCUGGAACCGUGUCGCACUCGAUAUUCGCGGCGGUGGCCGAGCAGGAGGAAAUCCGCAAGGAGCAGGAGCGCCUGAAAAAGCAAAUCACCGUCGACCGCUCCGGAGCGUUCACUAGUCCCCGGAAGUAAACUUAACUCUAUGCGUGUCCGAACGAUCACCCUCCCACGGACAGUCGUCCUCCUAAAACUAAAGCAUGCACUCGUGUGGAAUAUGAAACUUUUGCCGAUCGCGUCCCUCUUGUCGAGGGCACGAUCCUGCCGCACGUCACUUACGCCGCUCGGGCUGCCUUCCGCAGGCGCCGACGAGCCGGCGAGUGCCCGUGUCUACCAAAGGUUGCCUGUCCCGUAAAGAGGGGGCCACUUAUUUGUACUUCAAAUUGAACGGCAACCAUUUAGCACUAUUGCAGAGCAACCUGGAACGAAAAGAGUGCUAGUGUUUUGUUAAUAAUGUUGUAAAUAGUUGUUGUAAGUUCGUUCCAUUGUUCUGCCCUUUUCUUUGUAUGUUUGUAUUUAUCAUUUCGCCUGUGCCUAUGCGCUUUAACGUAAACUUACCAAGCUCCUCUAGCUGAUAAGUCGUACAAAAGUGUACAACGAACUGCUCCAACAAAUAGAACAUCCACCGAACAGAAGAGAAUCCACCAAGAGAAGAGAAUGUAGCAUGAUAUUUAUUGUUGUCUAAACCAAAGCUCCAUCACUGAUCAGUCGCCCAUCACUUAAAGGAUCAUCGGCGGAUGUUGAUGUAUUGCUUAGCAAAGCAAAUAGUGAAACAUUUUCAGGAACAUCGAACUCUCCAACGAUGCCCCGACGAGACCUGACGACUAUUACCCACUCAUUGGACCGAAGGAUCGUAUUUGGCUUGUGUUAAAAUGUUUUGGUUAAAACAAAACAAUAUGUAUCAUCGUCAAAGACACGGGGAUCUUCGAUCUUUUACCUCAGAUUACGUGAUUGAUACCUUGAUACACGAGUGAUCAUAUUGCGUCAGAAAUCGCCGCCAACCUGAUCGCGGCGAACGAAACAAGUCGUUCAGGGGAUGCACAAGUUUUAUUUAUUUCUUCCGAUUGAAACACGAGACAAAAAAACGAUCACAAAGGCUCUCGUAUUUUGGUUUGAAUUUAUGAUUGGGUGUGUUUCAAAACGUUCUUAAGAUUAUGCCUAAGGAAAAGUUCAUGUCUUUGUUGAAAAGAAAUCGUCAAAAUAUCGAAUAAAAUGUUACAAAACUGAA